GCUCGGUGACAUGGAGGUCACCAAGAAAUGUCACCAGGUCUUGCAAGUGCUUCUUCUUGGAAUGGGCCACUGAGCUACAGACUGGAUGCUGCAGCCAGCUUUCAGCAGAGUGCGGGCCCCUCUUGACUUUUGUUGCAUUUUCAGCUGCCUUUUCCCUUAUGCAGACUCGUGUCAUCCUGGUGAUUUUUGCCACCGGUUCCCAGACGCCAGGUGUCGCUUUAACAAAGGUAGACUUGGGUGGUGGACGCCUUAUGGUCAGGAAGUCAUUGGUCUGUGCUGAUUACCUGGGUUUUGGACUGACCUGAUUGCAAGCCCUGCUUCGGACUGAUUUAUAAAGACUUAGAGUUUGAUUUCUUGUAGCUAGUUUGUAUACAGUUUUGUGCAGUAGUUUCUAUUAUGAAUAUCAGUUAAGACA